ACCAAUCAAUUUCGUGGAAACCACCAGUUCAUUCGCGACCCAAGAAAAAAAUAAUCAUUUUUCUAUUCCCAAAUACUCUCAUACCUAUAUUAAAAAACUCGUUCUCUCAAAGACUUUAGAUCUUCUUAUUCAUCAAGAAAACUUAACAUGCCUAUUUCAAAAACCACCCAAUACUUAUAAUAAUGAUAAAUCGAACUCAUCGUAGUCUAAUUAAUCACUUUUUAGAUUACUAGAUUAGAGGAACAAACCAAACCCAUUUGAGCGAGAGCUUAAACAAUGCUUCCACUUUUGAAGCUUGGAACGUUGGCGUUGAAAACCCUUAGCAAACCAGUCGCCGGUAAACUCAAACAACAAGCUUCUAUUCAUCCCAGAUUCCGCCAACUCAUCAUUGAUAUGGCUCAGAAAAAUCAUCAAAUCACAACAAAGAUGCAAAGGCGUAUAUAUGGCCAUGCAACGGAUGUUGAGAUUCGCCCUUUGAAUGAGGAAAAGGCCGUUCAAGCUGCUGUAGACCUUAUUGGAGAAGUCUUUGUCUUCUCGGUUGCAGUCCUUGCCUUGAUCUUUGAGGUACAAAGAAGUGCUAGAUCUGAAGCACGGAAGGAGGAGAUACGAAAGCAAGAGCUAGAGGCUGUGAGGCAAAAAAAUGAUGGUUUGGCAGAAGAAAUAGAACAUCUUAAGCAUAGACUUGAAGAACUGGAACAGCUGGCCCGGGGACGAGGACUCACUGGCAUUCUAAAUUUAAAAAACAUUAUUAAUAAGGAAAAUGCAAAGGCAGAGAAAACUGCUUGACCUGAUGAAAAGAAUAAUUACUUUUCACAAUUAUUUUUUCGUUUAUCUUUGGCAUAAAUAUAACUCUGACCCAAUUUCUGAUUCAUUUGAGGAUCUCCUCAGGAAGAAAUUUUUUUGCUACAGUUUGAAACUCCAAACUCUGUAUCUGUAUCGAGGAUAUGAAUAUUUCACUGAUAGGAUAUGAAUAUUUCACUGAUUGAAAUGUUCUUAUUGUAUUAGUCAAAAUAAACUGCAGAGACUGUAUAGUUUUUUGUGACAGUCAAAGAUGUUUUUGUAAUAUUGAAUGUUUUAGUUGAUUAUAAUAUUGAAUCAUAAAAUUGGGUUCAA